GUACUCGUCUGGCUUUCAUGUUCAGCGUUUUCAUUAUUACUUGUAAUCUACGGUACAUAUCCUGUCAUGGUUAUCUCGAAUCCCUUCCAAUGCCUCACCUUCUCCCUUCUGAUCCUUCCGCCUCUUUUUCUCACCGCUUAUUUCUUUGCUGGCUUCCCAUAUCCUCCAGACGCGCCACCCAUUCACCCCUCGUUAUCUAGUUUGCCGCCCUCAGCUCGUUCUUGGAGUUUGUAUCCUGAGGAUUUCUAUGAAGGGGGAGCCUAUGCCACAUUUCCUUACGGCAGAGUUCGAUAUUGGCUGAUAGGACCAGAAAAUGGCCGAAAGGUUGUGUUAAUACAUGGUUUAUCAAUACCUUCCAUCGUUUGGAAGGAUGUAGCCCCUGUUCUCGCUACACAUGGUUAUCGUGUACUUUUAUACGACCUAUACGGAAGAGGCUAUUCAGACGCACCGCAGACGACAUAUGAUGUCUCACUUCAUACCACACAGCUUGCAUUACUAAUGCAACACAUUCAAUGGGAAAAUGCACAUGUCGUUGGCUUAUCCAUGGGUGGUGCAGUUGCGGCCGCCUUCUCAGUUCAGUUCCCCCAGCUUGUCAAUGGGAAAGUAGCCCUUAUUGCGUCUGCUGGUUUGGUAGAGUCCGACGAUAUUUCUCGCACUGUAAAAUUCAUGUCUUCUCCUUUAAUUCAAACUGUCACAUCUCUCAAACCCUUCCAGCACUACAUGCGUCGUCUAGCAAAUUCCACCGAGACGACUGCGUCUGAUCCUAUAGCAGAGAUCGUGCGGUUCCAAUCCGCUCAUCUACCUGGAUACAACGCUGCGGUCGCUUCUUGUCUACGAGACGGGCCCAUUCGUGGUCUUACUACUGUAUUUUCGAAUCUCUCUCGUUCACAGAACAGUGUCCUGAUUAUCCAUGGCACUACUGAUAUAACCGUCCCAUACAAAUAUACUUCACGGAUACAGUCCCUCGUGCCAGACUCUGAGUUGGUGACUAUUGAAGGAGGUGGACAUGAAAUAACCAUCACACAUCCUAGCCAAGUCAACGCUGCCUUACUCCGAUUCUUGUCGGAUGAUUACUCUUAUCAAAAACCCUCAUAUCCUAGUUGAGCUAAGAUCUCGCUGUCCUAAUGUAGUACACAUGUUUUCCAACUUUUUCGAAGAACACAGGCUCCCUUAUUUUGUCUAGGUCUUUCGACUCCACACAGCUAUCACUUCCUAUCAUAGAUCUCGCUAUUGCUCUGGAUGAUUUUCCAGUUGUAUACUCUCGUCGUUAUGGGCAUACUAUUUUUUAUUUGGGCGUUCGCAUAUAUCAUUUUCUUUUAAUGGCACAUCUCGUCAAUAGACACGAAAGUUUAAAC